AUGUCGGCGCUCUACGAGAACCUGCGGCAGCUCAUCACGGUGGUGGACGAGCUGCGCGACGUGGGGCUGAACAACUACAUCCACCUCCCGCGCAUCGCGGCCAUAGGCACCCAGAGCAGCGGCAAGAGCUCGCUGAUCGAGUCCAUCGUGGGCAAGGACUUCCUGCCCCGCGGCGGCGGCGUGGUGACGCGUCGGCCGCUGGAGCUGAGGCUAGUGCACCUCAAUACCCAGGAGUACAAGCCGGGGGACGCUUGGGGCAUCUUCGACAAGGUUCUCCCCGGCCAGAAGUUUACCGACUUCAAUGAGGUGCGCGCGGAGAUCGAGCGGCAGACGGAGGAAGUGGCCGGCAAGAACAAGGGGAUUGUGAACGACCCUAUCGUCCUCACAGUCUACGCCACAGGCGCCCCAGAUCUCACGCUCAUCGACCUGCCUGGCAUCACCCGCGUACCUAUCAAGGGCAGCGACCAGUCCGAGGACAUCGAGAAGCUGACCCGCGACAUGACCCUGCAUUACGUCAGGGACCCCAGGACGGUGAUCCUCGCGGUGCUGCCCGCGAACCAGGACAUGUCUGUGUCCGACGCUCUCCAGCUGGCUCGUCAGGUGGACCCCCAGGGCAUGAGGACCAUCGGCGUGGUCACGAAGAUAGACAUCAUGGACCAGGGCACCGACGCCAGCAGGAUGCUACUGGGGGAGGACGUCCCCCUCCGCCUCGGGUACGUGGGCGUGAAGAUGCGCACGCAGCAGGAUAUCCUCGACAGCAAGCCAGUGGUCAAGGCUCUGGAGGACGAGAAAGCAUGGUUCGAGAGCCAUCGGGUCUACAGCAAGCUGCCUCCAGGGCUCGUCGGAACUCCGGUCCUUAUCGACAAGUUGACCAAGAUUCUCUUCAAGCACAUACGCCGCUUCCUUCCAGAGAUCAAGAAGGAGAUCAACGAGAAACGCCGCAAUACGGAAUUGAGGCUGGAGGAGCUCGGUGGGGGCGUCCCCGUCGAGGAGCCGGAGCGUUAUCAGGUGAUGUGGACGCUCGUGACCGACUACUGCGACAUGUUCAAGAACACAAUACGAGGGAAGUACGACCGGAAGCUCCAGCGGUACAUGGUCUCCCUUCCGACAGGCGCGGGCAAGGAGGCGUCCGGCGGCGCCCGCAUACGCUACAUCAUGAACGAAUUCCUGACCGAGUUCCAGGCGGCGCCCACGGCGCCGUCAGGCUUCAAAGGAUAA